CACGCAGCUCCAGGCGGGGCAGCCCCGGCGGCUGAGGGACGCAGCCAGACCUUGGCGGGACGGGGAUUUAACCGGGGCCCGGGCUCAGCGACCAGGUGGAGACGUCGCCCGAGCCAUUUAGGCACCAAGGGAAAUGAGGGUUUGCCUGCAAUGAGAUUUCAUUCUCUACAUAUAAAGGACAUCCUUUCUGAGCUGCUGUGAAUAAAUUUGGAAUGAUACUGUAUAUUUUCAUCUGAUGGAGAAUUAGCUGUACCUUGAGUUUGGAUUGCUGCACUGGACGACCUAAGAAUAUCGCUCACGAUGUCCUCAAACAGGAGUCAGAAUCCCCAUGGACUGAAGCAGAUUGGCCUUGACCAGAUCUGGGACGACCUCCGCGCUGGAAUCCAGCAAGUAUAUACCAGACAAAGUAUGGCGAAAUCCAGAUACAUGGAGCUCUACACUCACGUUUAUAACUACUGCACGAGUGUUCACCAGUCAAACCAGGCCCGAGGGGCUGGCGUCCCUCCCUCCAAAUCGAAAAAGGGUCAGACGCCUGGGGGAGCUCAGUUUGUUGGCUUGGAAUUAUACAAACGACUUAAAGAAUUUUUGAAGAAUUACUUGACAAAUCUUCUUAAGGAUGGAGAAGAUUUGAUGGAUGAGAGUGUACUGAAGUUCUACACUCAACAAUGGGAGGAUUAUCGAUUUUCCAGCAAAGUGCUGAAUGGAAUUUGUGCCUACCUCAAUAGACAUUGGGUUCGCCGUGAAUGUGACGAGGGACGGAAAGGAAUAUAUGAAAUCUAUUCUCUUGCGUUGGUGACUUGGAGAGAUUGUCUGUUCAGGCCAUUGAAUAAACAGGUAACAAAUGCUGUUUUAAAACUGAUUGAAAAGGAAAGAAACGGUGAAACCAUCAACACAAGACUGAUAAGUGGAGUUGUACAGUCUUACGUGGAGUUGGGGCUGAAUGAAGACGACGCCUUUGCCAAGGGCCCUACGCUGACAGUGUAUAAAGAGUCCUUUGAAUCUCAGUUUUUGGCCGACACGGAGAGAUUUUAUACCAGAGAGAGCACUGAAUUCUUGCAGCAGAACCCAGUGACUGAAUAUAUGAAAAAGGCAGAGGCCCGUCUGCUCGAGGAACAACGAAGAGUCCAGGUGUACCUUCACGAAAGCACACAAGAUGAACUAGCAAGGAAGUGCGAGCAAGUGCUCAUUGAAAAACACCUGGAGAUUUUCCACACAGAAUUCCAGAAUUUGUUGGAUGCUGACAAAAAUGAAGAUUUGGGGCGCAUGUAUAAUCUCGUAUCUAGAAUCCAGGAUGGCCUAGGAGAAUUGAAAAAACUUCUAGAGACACACAUCCAUAAUCAGGGUCUCGCAGCCAUUGAAAAGUGUGGAGAAGCUGCUCUAAAUGACCCCAAAAUGUAUGUACAGACAGUGUUGGAUGUUCACAAAAAAUACAAUGCCCUGGUGAUGUCGGCGUUCAACAACGAUGCUGGUUUCGUGGCUGCACUUGACAAGGCCUGUGGUCGCUUCAUCAACAACAACGCAGUUACCAAAAUGGCCCAGUCGUCCAGUAAAUCCCCCGAGCUGCUGGCUCGAUACUGCGACUCCUUGUUGAAGAAAAGUUCCAAGAACCCAGAAGAAGCAGAGCUAGAAGACACGCUCAACCAAGUGAUGGUGGUCUUCAAGUAUAUAGAGGAUAAAGACGUGUUCCAGAAAUUCUAUGCAAAGAUGCUGGCCAAAAGACUCGUACAUCAGAACAGUGCCAGUGAUGAUGCCGAAGCAAGCAUGAUCUCUAAAUUAAAGCAAGCUUGUGGUUUUGAAUAUACCUCUAAACUUCAGCGGAUGUUUCAAGACAUUGGUGUGAGCAAAGAUUUGAAUGAGCAGUUCAAAAAGCACCUGACGAACUCAGAACCGCUAGACUUGGACUUCAGCAUCCAGGUGCUAAGCUCCGGGUCGUGGCCCUUCCAGCAGUCCUGCACGUUCGCCUUGCCGUCAGAGCUGGAACGCAGUUAUCAGCGAUUCACAGCUUUUUACGCUAGCCGUCACAGUGGCAGAAAACUGACCUGGCUGUAUCAGCUGUCCAAAGGAGAAUUGGUAACCAACUGCUUCAAAAAUCGAUACACUUUGCAGGCAUCCACCUUCCAGAUGGCGAUCCUGCUUCAGUACAACACAGAAGACGCGUAUGCUGUGCAGCAGCUGACUGACAGCACUCAGAUCAAAAUGGACAUUUUGGCACAAGUCCUACAGAUUUUAUUGAAGUCGAAGUUACUGGUUCUGGAAGACGAGAACGCGAACGUUGAUGAGGUGGAAUUGAAGCCAGACACCUUAAUCAAAUUGUAUCUCGGUUAUAAAAAUAAGAAGUUAAGGGUUAACAUCAACGUGCCGAUGAAAACCGAACAGAAGCAGGAACAAGAGACCACACACAAAAAUAUCGAGGAGGACCGCAAGCUGCUGAUUCAGGCGGCCAUCGUGAGGAUCAUGAAGAUGCGGAAGGUCUUGAAGCACCAGCAGCUGCUCGGAGAAGUGCUGACUCAGCUGUCCUCGAGGUUCAAGCCGCGGGUCCCAGUGAUCAAGAAAUGCAUUGACAUUCUGAUCGAGAAGGAAUAUCUGGAACGAGUUGAUGGGGAAAAGGACACCUACAGUUACUUGGCUUAGCCCUUCCGGAAGGGGUCUGCCUGUGCGAGCCGCAGCAGGUAGUUCCGGGCCGAGAGAAGAGCUCCAUCCAGCUCGCAGCAGCCAGCCUGGCGCCGUCCGGACCUCCCUUUUUAAAACCGAGACCGAGGCUCCCACCGGCCGGUCUCAGACGUACAUCAGAACUGCUCAGGAUUGACACGUUUCAAGUCUGUAAAUACGGACACCGACGCCAUUUAACCUAAUUUAAGAAGAGGGGCGUUGCGCCCCGAGGGCUGCAUGCUACCGCAUUUAAACCAGUCCAUUGGCUGCGAGGCCGACGGCCGCCGUCCUCGGGCAUCGGCGUUGGCAGCACCCCCUUUGAGAGCAAGUCUCACGGACCCACGUGUAGUCUGCUAUGAAAAACCAUUUGUAUAGUGUGUUUCAUUUUUUAAUGUGUGAAAAUAAAGAGAAUUAAAGAAUUUCCGUA